GCUGAGAUCCAUCGGGGCAGGCUCCAAGAAGAAGGUUCGGCGUCGAGUUUUACCCAUCCUCAACGGUUUCGGCGAAAAUCCGCUCGACUCGGAACGUGCCGUUGCAGACAUGUGGACACAGCACUUCGCCCUUAUCGAAGCGGGUCCUGUCAUACCCUUCUCGGACCUGGCCUGGUACAGCUCAGGGAUCCAGGAGUUGCCCCAGGAGCUCCUCGAUCGCAUCGCGUUCGCCCCGGAUGAUCUUUACACUAUGGCCCGCCCAGGACCAGACGGCAUCACAGGCAACAUGGUCCGCAAGCUUGCUGGCGAGAUGGCUCCGUUGCUGCUGCCACUGUUCCUUAAG